GUUCCUGAUGCCUACAUAAUCGUAUUCAAGCCAGAAACAAAGCAAGAGACAGCACUAUCUCAUUAUAAUGAAAUCGAAGAUAUCCAACAGUCUGAGAUAUCCCACACUAAUCAAAAUCUUGAUUACGGGGUUAUCCACAAGUACGAAAUAGGAGGCUUCAAAGGAUAUUCUGGAAAGUUCUCUUCAAGUGUAAUACGCAUUAUUCAAACGUAUGAAGAGGUGGAUUAUAUCGAGCAAGAUAAAUAUGUACAGGCUGCCUCUAUUCAAAACAAAGCACCUUGGGGUCUAGCUCGAAUCUCACACCGCAAAAGAUUGAACAACAUGACGUUUGAUAAAUUUAUUUACGAGGAUGAUGGUGGAGAAUAUGUCACGGUUUAUAUCCUUGACACCGGCAUUUACGAGGAACACGAAGAUUUCGAGGACAGAGCUUCAUGGGGAGUAAAUUUCUUGAGGAACUCUCCAGACAUUGAUAUCGAUGGUCAUGGAACUCAUUCGGCUGGCAUUAUAGGAGGCAAAAUACACGGUGUGGCCAAAAUGGCCAAGCUAGUUGCUGUAAAGGUCCUGGACGACCACGGCACCGGAACAGUUUCGACUGUCAUAGCCGGAAUCAACUGGGUUUCCAAGUCACAUCAAUAUAACAUCCAACAAAGCUGCCUCCAUCCGUUGGACUCGAUCUACAAAGGAGCAGUGGCCACACUAAACUUUUUUACUACUAAAUCAGUUGCAUUAAACCAGGCUGUCAAUAUAGGAACUUACCAUGGGAUUACCAUUGUGGUCCCUGCAGGAAAUACCAAAGUUAAUGCUUGUGAAUAUUCGCCAGCAUCUGCAACUGAAGCAAUCACAGUCGGAGCAUCUACGUACUACGAUGCUGGUACAUCAUUUUCAAACUUUGGAGACUGUGUGGAUAUCUAUGCACCAGGUCAAAAUAUACUAUCGGCUUGGAACUCUGGCAGACAUGCAAAAAAGGUUCAUUCUGGAACAUCAGAGGCGGCUUCACAUGUUGCAGGGCUAGCAGCAUACUAUGCCAGCAUG